GUUAAAACUUAUAUUAACUGCUAGAGCUUUGUAGUAACAUCAGAAAUUCAAUUGAUAUUGUUCAUCAACCUCGGAUUGCUAUUCACCUACCUCCUGUCUUCCAACCCGUCAAGAUGGUUCACGUUGUCCCUAGUACCAUUUUUCCGCGAGUUUAUCAGAUGAGCGCAUGGAACCAUGAUGUCAUGCGCUUCGAAGGAGACGUAUAUGAGCUUGAGGUAAUUGGCUCAUUGCCAACGGACCUCCAUGGUGCCUUUUAUAGAGUACAGCCAGAUCAUGCCUUCCCACCAAUGUUUGGUGAGGACGAGAUCCCCUUGAACGGCGACGGGAACAUCUGCUGCUUCUAUUUUGAGAAUGGGCAUGUUGACUUCAAGAAUCGAUAUGUACGUACGCCAAAGUUUGAGGCGGAAAGGGCUGCACGUCGUGCUCUUUUCGGGCGGUACCGCAACAAAUAUACCGAUGACCCACGAGUACGCGAUGUACUUACACGCACAACGGCCAACACGCAUGUCAUAUACCACGCAAACAAGAUCAUGGCCCUAAAAGAAGAUGCUCCACCUUUCGAAAUUGAUGCAAGUACACUAGAGACCGUCGGUUUGGUCAAUUACAACAAUACGUUUCAUUGCCCAACUCAUACCGCCCAUCCUAAGGCGGAUUCCGAUACAGGGGAGUUGGUCGCGUUCGGCUACGAAGCCAAAGGAGAUGGCUCCCCUGAUAUCUGCUCCUUCACCGUUGACAAGGAGGGGUACGUCACCGAAGAAGUCUGGUUCAAGGCGCCCUGGGCAUGUAUGAUCCAUGAUUUCUGGGCGACAGAAAAUUACGUCAUUUUCCCAAUCAACGGCCUUAAGGCUAGUGUGGAGCAGAUGCAGAAAGGCGGGGAACACUUCUACUGGGAUGAGAAUCUUGACCAUCAACUCCUCGGUGUGAUUCCUCGCCGUGGAGCCAAACCUGAAGAUGUGAAAUGGUUCAAGACCUCUAGAGGUUGCUAUUCUCACACUAUCAACGCAUAUGAAGAAGACGGCAAUCUCGUACUGGACGCCAAUGUUUGGACUGAUUGCGUCUUUCCGUUCUUCCCGAACAGUCAGGGAAAGAAGUUUCACUAUGAUCCCAAGAACAUUCGGUCCCCGGUAUUGCGAUAUCGCUUUGACCCGAAAGGCAGUACGGAAGUGAUGGUGCACCCACAGCAGGUUAUUCAAGAGGGAGUCAAUGAGUUCGGGCGCGUCGAUGACCGAUUACUUGGGAAGAAGUAUGAUCGUUAUUGGAUCUUAACAGUCGAUCCGACUAAGCAAAUCUAUUCAAACGGAACUGCAGCACAGGCUGGCUUCAAUACCUUGCUUUGCCAUAAUUUCAAGACAGGAAAGAAGCAGACCUACUACCACGGCAACGAUGUCACCUUCCAGGAACCCUGCUUCGUCCCACGCUCUGGGGGUGCCUCGCCCGAGGAAGGCUACAUCGUUAUCCUGGCUGAUCUGUACCGUGAAAGCCGUAGCCAAUUGUUGCUCUUCGACGCCCAAAACAUUGACAAAGGACCUAUCGCUCAAAUCAAGUUGCCACUGAAGCUAUUGGAUGGUUUGCAUGGUAGCUGGGUUGACGGCAAAGACGUGGAUUUGGCUUCCAAAGGGACGACUGGUAAAGUCGAUCAGUAGUUUCAAGUCUGCUUAACAAUUUUGCAUCGCCCACUUUCGUUUUCCUAUAUAUCAGGUGCC